AUGUUCCCUUCCGCCGCCCUCCUCGGCAAGCGCCUCCAGCUCGGCUGCUACGUCAACGUGCGCACGCUGCGCGACCACGCAAAGCGCGAAGCCUUUGCGGCUGCGGAGCAGACGCGGCAGAUACAUCUCGCACAACACGCUCCUGCCGCUGAGGCAGCGCACAAAGGCCAUGAUCGAGCUGGCGCAGAUGGACACCAACACGCGGCGAUGAAGAUUAAGAACCGCUGCAUUAUGGGCGGGAAGGGGAGGGGUGUCAUGAGGGAUUUUAGGGUGUCGAGG